UAAACGAGCUACGGAUUUUGGAUGCAAUCACCAAAUUCUGAUGUUUGUUGUUUGAAUUUAUUCCGCAUAACACGGAUUUGUGUUGAACGAUUUUCUCUUGGCUCUUUUAAAUUUCAAGUUCAACUGAAUUUUCCCCUUUGUGUGGGUCUUUGUUUUCUUUGUCAUUUUAACGUUUACAUAAUUGCAACUGCUUAAAAUAUAUAUAGUAUUCCUUUAGUAGCAUUCUAUUGCAGACGUUCGCCAUCAACACAUGUCUGUUUCGACAAAAUUGGUUCCCCCUUCCCUUUUCCAGUUGUCUUCUUCAGCUCUCUCGAUCUUGCAACAAGACAAUAGUUAGAAGUUGCAAUAAACGUGAUUCAGCUAUACUAGUUUAAUUUCCUUUGGCAACAUUUUGGCAGUGAUAACUGACAAACAAGUGUACUUCAAAAAGGACGAUUGUUCUUCUCGUCUGAAAGUCCAACCAGCAUUGCUCUUAUUACUCUUUUUUAUUGAGUGUCAUAUGGCUGCGGGAUGGCCUGCUUGCACUAAUAGUACAAAUUUAUCUCACGGUUGUUUACAUGAGAAAGCUUAUUUUACUGUGGCUGGUUACAUUUGCCAAUAUAGUAGAGAAAAUGGCCUUCUUAUUUUUUCCUCCCAUCUGAGGGAAGAGGUUUGAGUGGUUGAUGUGUACUUCAUCGAAGUUUGCACCCAUAACUCCACUGCAUGGAAGAUCACUCAUUUGCUGUUGGUCAAGAAUUCCCUGACGUUAAAGCAUUCCGCAAUGCAAUUAAAGAAGCAGCCAUUGCACAGCAUUUUGAGCUUCAUAUCAUUAAAAGUGACCUGAUUCGUUACUUUGCUAAGUGUGCAUCAGAUGGCUGUCCAUGGCGCAUUCGUGCUGUCAAGCUCCCUAAUGCCCCCACCUUUACCAUUAGAAGUCUUGAGGGGACACAUACUUGUGGGAGAAAUGCACAUAAUGGGCACCACCAGGCUUCUGUUGACUGGAUUGUGAGUUUUAUCGAGGAAAGAUUGCGAGAUAAUAUCAAUUACAAACCAAAAGAUAUUUUACAUGACAUCCAUAAACAAUAUGGGAUAACAAUACCAUAUAAGCAAGCUUGGCGUGCAAAGGAACGUGGUCUUGCUGCAAUAUAUGGCUCCUCUGAAGAAGGAUAUUGCCUACUUCCUUCGUAUUGUGAGCAGAUAAAGAAUACUAAUCCUGGAAGUUUUGCAGAGGUAUUUACUGCAGGUGCAGAUAACCGUUUUCAGAGGCUUUUUGUUUCUUUCUAUGCAUCCAUAUAUGGUUUCCUGAAUGGUUGUUUGCCCAUUGUUGGACUUGGCGCUAUCCAACUGAAAAGCAAAUAUCUUAGCACAUUCCUUUCAGCAACUUCAUUUGAUGCUGAUGGUGGGUUGUUCCCACUUGCAUUUGGUGUUGUUGAUGUUGAAAACGAUGAAAGCUGGACUUGGUUUUUGUCCCACUUGCACAAGACGCUUGAGGUGAAUACUGAAACUAUACCACCAAUUAUAUUUUUGUCAGAUGGACAGAAAGGUAUUAUGGAUUCAGUAAGAAUGAAGUUCCCUAAUUCUUCUCAUGCAUACUGCAUGCGUCACUUAAGUGAAAGUAUUGGCAAAGAGUUCAAGAAUUCUAGGCUUGUCCAACUUCUGUGGAAGGCAGCAUAUGCCACCACAACCUCUGCUUUUAGAGAAAAAAUGGCUGAAAUAGAGGAGGUUUCUCCUGAAGCUGCUAAAUGGUUACAGCAAUUUCACCCUUCUGAAUGGUCCCUAGUACAUUUUGAAGGAUCACGAUAUGGUCAUUUGUCCUCUAACGUUGAACAGUUCAAUAGAUGGAUCUUUGAAGCCCGGGAAUUGCCAAUCAUUCAGGUGAUUGAGCGGAUUCAUAACAAGCUUAAGACUGAGUUUGAUGACAGGCGUUUAAAGAGCAGUUCAUGGUUCUCUGUACUCGCUCCAUCUGCUGAGAAACGAAUGAUCGAAGCUAUUAGUUGUGCGUCCACAUAUCAAGUCCUUAGAUCAGAUGAAGUGGAAUUUGAAGUUCUCUCGGCUGAUCGCUCAGAUAUUGUAAAUAUUGGUAAUCGUAGCUGUUCCUGCCGUGAUUGGCAGCUAUAUGGAAUACCGUGUUCUCAUGCUGUUGCAGCUCUGAUCUCAUGUAGAAAGGAUGUCUAUGCUUUUAGUGAGAAGUGUUUUACUGCUGCUAGUUACAGGGAGACCUAUGCAGAGGAAAUAUAUCCAAUCCCUGAGAAACUUGAAUGGAGAAAAACAGAUGAGGCUUCCAUUGAUGACAAAACCCUAGUUGUACGGCCACCAAAAUCUCGGCGACCACCAGGGCGCCCUGAGAAGAAAAGAAUUUGUGUUGAGGACCUUAAUCGAGAGAAGCAUACAGUGCAUUGUAGUCGGUGUAAUCAAACUGGACAUUACAAGACAACGUGCAAAGCGGAGAUUAGUAAUAGUAGAACAGUUUUAGGUGUCUGACUUUGUACUCUUGGGUCACUUGGACUAGCAUGGUUAGCUUCUAGGGACGCAAGUUUAACGAUAUACGCAUUACUUUGGCUAUGUAAGAAAGUUAUUCCAUUUUAAUCAAUCUGCAUGUGUAAACUAAAGUAA